UCCGCGUGGCGGCAGCUGGGUGGCUGGCUGCCCCCUGACCCCGCCGGGCUCCCCUGAGCGUCUGGGGCUCCUGAGAAGCGUGGCAAGGCCCCGGACCCGCGGAGGUUCGCUGUGGAGUGCGGAGGCAGCCCGGUGUGCGGCAGCGAUGGGCGCGGGGGUGCCGCCUCCAAGUGAUGCGGAGAACCGGGCUCUCUGUUUCAGGAUUGGGAACCCAUGCCACACUCACCUGCUCAACUGAGGAAUUACCAUGCCAGGUAAAGGGAAACAAGGAAAAGGCCCGGACAAAUCUCGCGGGAAGAAACAGAAGAAACCGGAAGUGGACAUUCUCAGCCCAGCUGCCAUGCUGAACCUCUACUACAUCGCCCACAACGUUGCCGACUGCCUGCACCUGCGAGGCUUCCGUUGGCCCGGUGCUCCCAAAUCAAAGGGGAAAAACAAGACUUAAUGGCGUUCCACAGAGAGCAGAACUUGGGGAAGAGAAAUCGGGAAAAUACAACUACUGCAAGCAAAAUAGACUUUACCGAAGACAACUUGAGACGCAAGCUAAGUGUGCUUUUCUAUGGUAAUUAAUGAUAAAGAAGUGCAUUUGACUUCCCAGCUAAAUGCAGCUACAGUAAGCCAAUUUGGUUUUUCAGAAGAAGUUAAGGGGGAAAAAAGUCUGAGUAGUUCCUACUCAGGAAUUGCGUGGUGGAAUUGACAGGAUUUUUCAAAUUAUAAUUCUGGGUCAGAAUUAAACCUGUUCUCAAAAGGCA